ACAAGAAUACUGUUUGAUGCAUCGCGUACCUACUCUAAAUUAAUGAUUACGGCAUUGCACGGAUCAUUGACACCAACUACAAGGGGGUUUUCUAUACCGCCACGCCGGCGGGGCGGCAGAUGCGGGCCCAUCGUAUCCGCGGAUCGGUUCUGUUGGUGGCCAGUAUGAGCGUGUUGAUCGCUAACAAGGGGAUGAACUCGUCCAUGUAUAACUCCUCCUAGGCGGCGAUUGUUAGGCUUGGACGGAGUCUGGCGAUGGAGUGGGCGAAGGUGGAUGCUGCUGGGAGUGGUGGGGUCAGGGUGAAUACCCUCUAUCCAGGGCAUGCUGUCACUCCCAUGGCGUAGAUGAUGAUCGAUCAGGGCCCGGCUACGAAGGAGGUCUGGGGGACGGAGAAUAUGAGAGGAAGGUUGGGGCGGUCGGAGGAGUUUCGUGGGCUGGCGUUGCCGAUGAUGAGUGAGGGGAGUAGUUUUAUGACUGGCACGACGGUGGUUUGUGAUGUGGGGGCAUACCGCGUGUUAGGGGUGUCUUCGGGUGCGAGUGGUGUCAUUCUGGGC